AUCUGUCUUAUUGUUCUGUCUGUGGCUGAACCACUUCUUCCUCAUUCGCACAUUUCAGAGUUUGCGUUUCCCCGGUUCUAAAUAAUCUCCUGUUUGUCUUGAAGAAUUGCAAUCGCAGAAGAAUGAAUUAUGUGAGAUCUGACAUCACUUAAAGACCCAAACGGCGUUCCAUAGAAAUCCUGGUUGAGAAUGAAACAAAUGAGCAACGAAACAGCACAGCAAGUUUUGGGCUGCAGCUUGAUCAGAGUUGAUGAGAUGCUGGCGUGAGGGGUGACACUGGUUUUGUCUCCCCCCUGAGGUCCAGGGAGCCAGGAUGCAGGGGGCCAUAGCACGGGUGUUUGUGGUGGUGGCAGCAGCCAUCUUGAACCAUCCGCUGCUGUUCCCGCAGGAGAACACCACCCUCCCAGAGCAGGAUGAGGCCCUGCUGGCCCGCAUGAGGGAGCAUGAGAAAAGGCUGGAGCUGGAGCAGGCGCGGCUGGAGCAGGAGCUCUUGUAUGCAGGCACGGAGCAGCAGGACCCUGGCUCAGAGGACGGCUACGGCUGGUACUUCUGGAGCGCCCUCUCACUGGUCAUCUUCUUCACUAUAGAGGUGUGUCGGCAGGAUUUGGCAGACAUGGAAGCCCGAUACGCUGAUGAUGAGGAUGGGUUUGUUGAGGGUGGAUCCAUCAGUUCCAAGACACUCCAGCUUGAUAAGGGAGUCCUAAACAGCUUCUGUGAGAGAUGCAUCCACACCUCGGCCCAUGAGAACUGGAGGGUGCGGGAAUUUGUGGAGGGCUUCGCUGAUGACCUGCUAGAGUCCCUGAGGAGUGUGUGUGACAGGGAAACUGACAUGGAGGUGGCGGACUUUGUGGGCGUUGGGAGCAUGUUUGAGUCGUGGAGGGUGAGCAAGCCCCUGAUGUGUGAUCUCAUUGUCCCUUUCGCCCCACCGGAGCCAUACUCCUUCCAGUUCCAUCUGUGGUGCAGCCCCUCCAGUGACGUGCCCCUGGACAUGCAGGGCUGUGGCAGGAUCAAGGUGACAAAGGUCGGGGAGAAUGAGGACGGCUGUCUCUGUGGCUCUGCCAACCUGGGUGAGGACAUGCUGUGCUUGCUACACAGCAAAAAUGAAAAGCCUAGAGCAGACUACACCCCGGAUGACCUUCUGUGCUCCAAGAACACACCUUAUCUGGCUAAGGACCAGGUCAUGAAGUGGUUCCAGAUCUCCGUGACCAAAGCCUGGGGUCGGAUUUCUCACAAGUACGAGUUUGAGCUCACUUUCCGCAACCUGGAUGCUACUGGAGCACUGAAGGUCCGAUUCCGCUCAGGAAAGGUUGUUGUGAUGAACAUCAUCCCUGUUGUGGAACUAGAUGGCACAAAUGCCUACUUUGUGUCACACUUCCCCUCUGACAGCAGCACCUCCUCAGACACUUACUGGCCCCUCUCCUUCGCUGUCUAUGAGAGGAACCUGCUCAAACAUCUGGCUAAAAGCCUGCCUGAAAAUUCCUGCCACCUCCACUGCCUUCAGAUCAUCACUUUCCUACACAACAAACAGAUGGGUCUAACUGGCAGGUGUGCUCUGACCAACUACCACCUGAAGACGACCCUGCUGCACCUGUUGUUGAGUAAGGGCUCGUCUAGCUGGGGCCCUGAGAGUCUGGAGCACAGGCUACGGGACAUGCUAGGCUUCCUUCACAGGAGUCUUCAGGAGAAGAGACUCUGUCACGCUCUGGUUGGGAACAGCCAAGUUCCGCCAGAAGUCCGGGUUCCGGAAACAUUCCACAGAGCGGAACCCAUCAAUCUUUUCCGGCCACUGGUGUUACAGAGAGAGCUUUACGCUGACACGCUUCGGCAUUUCCAGGAGAUGCUCAGGAACGCUCCUGUUCUGAUUCAGGAGUACACGCCUCUGUUACAAAAUGGCGACACUCACCACAGAUUCAACUCGAUGGCACAGUCUGAGUAAUGGACUCUGUUUUAAUGCACUGCAAUGAGUGGAGGUAUCCUUAAUAACAACAAUAAUAAUAACAAUAAUUAACAAAUGUAUGUUACAGCCUUAAGACAUUUCUCUAGGCACUGAAAAGAGAGGUGAACAAUGUUCCUUUGUUAUUUUGAAAUGGACUUUGUGGUUGGUGGUUUUAUUUGAUAGCAGGUUCUAAAAACACUCAAGGAAGUUACCAAAGUGUGUUCUUAGUAACAGUACUGUAACUGCUAUUUCAAUAUGGCUGUUUCCCAAGUGCAAUUAUAUUUUACUGAAUGAAGGUUUACAAAAACAGUUUUCCCCUCACAAAAUUAGAGCAGUAUAUUUUGAUAUGAAGAAUAAGUAUUAUUUUUGUAUUCUAGAGAAGACCACAUCAUACUUUGUAGUAUGUGUGUUUUUAUGAUGCAGUACUUGUCAGCAAUUGCUGUUUGACAUGAAGGAAUAUUAAUUUUGUAAGCCGUGCAACAGUUUGAAAAUACCAAUUGAAGACUCCCUGUUACAUGUCUUGGCUGUCAUUCACCAAAAGAUAAGAAUGUCAGCAAAGGUAUUCCGUUGAAAUUCCUUUACAAUGGGUACACGAGGAACAUAAGAUUAUUUUAGAAAUUCCUUUCAGCAUGACAAUCUUAGAAAUGACACAACAUGUACACAGCAGAUGUUGUAAGGUUGUGCUAACUAAUUGAAGGAAAAAUUCCCCUCUGUUUAAGUUCAGUCUUAGGUUCAAGUAUAAUUAAAUGGCAAAUAGACAACGUAUGGUUUGAGAUAGUGGAAUGCACUCGUAAAAAUUGUAUUUGUAUGUAUGUGUGUGUGUGUGUGUGUGUAUGUAUGUAUGUAUAGAUGUAUAUACACAUACAUAUAGAUGUGUGUGUAUAUAUGUAUAUACACAUGCAUAUUUUGGAAGCCGAAAUACUCACAUUUUAUUUAUUAAAAGAAAAUGUAUAUUUUGUAUUACCUGUAUCUCUCAUACCCAUUGUAACUUGCCUGUUUUACCACCGAAUGUACUUUUAACAGCGUAUGUUUUUUGCAGUAAUUUUAUUCAUAAAUGUUGAAGGACUAUCUA